UCCGCUUCCGGUGUCCCCUACAGUCAUGGCUGCCGCCGUUGCUGCUGCCGGUGCCGGGGAACCCCAGUCCCCGGACGAAUUGCUCCCGAAAGGCGACGCGGAGAAGCCUGAGGAGGAGCUGGAGGAGGACGACGAUGAGGAGCUAGAUGAGACCCUGUCGGAGAGACUAUGGGGCCUGACGGAGAUGUUUCCGGAGAGGGUCCGGUCCGCGGCCGGAGCCACUUUUGAUCUUUCCCUCUUUGUGGCUCAAAAAAUGUACAGGUUUUCCAGGGCAGCCUUGUGGAUUGGGACCACUUCCUUUAUGAUCCUGGUUCUUCCCGUUGUCUUUGAGACCGAGAAGUUGCAAAUGGAGCAACAGCAGCAACUGCAGCAGCGGCAGAUACUUCUAGGGCCUAAUACAGGGCUCUCAGGAGGAAUGCCAGGGGCUCUACCCUCACUUCCUGGAAAGAUCUAGAUUGUUACUGCUGUUUGAGCUGUCUCAGUGGGAUAAGUUUGAAAUUCAAGUGUUUGAACUGCUGAUUAUUUGGAUUUUUUUUUUUUUUUUUAACUUUGGCACAUUGAUCUAUCUAAACCUGGUGGGGAGAAUUCUCUUCACAUUGUCUCAUGGAAAGACUCAACUUGCAACUGUGCCCUCCACACUAUCCUUACUUCUGUCUUCACUCUGAUACCAGAGUGCAGCCAUGCAGACGGUUAUUCCUGCUCUGGCCACCCCACUCCUUUCACCAAAUUGCUCCUAACUGGAAGAUGUCACUUUCCCCUUGUGGGUAGGAACCGAUACCAGUGGGAGGGAUGUGCCCCUGACCAUUAACGACUGCCUUUUUUAUUGUUUAAUUUUUUUUUUAAAGAAUGGAGCUGUUGGGGAGGGACAUGCACGCAAUGUGAAAGACAAAAUGCAUUACACCUGUAGUGUAAAGCGGCCACUAUGAAUCCCUAUGUAUGAAGAGGAGGGAGGCUGGCGGCAGCUUCAGCCACAGAAUGGGGACUGUGGAAGACAGAUCAGGAGUUCAUUUCCCCCGCACAGUUUGGUUGUUAGACCUGUGUGUGUGUUUGAAAAAACAGAAGUCAGUGCUCACUUUUUGUAUUUAAAUAUUAAAAAUUAUUCCAACUGAAAGUGUCAUCCUAAGUACCUUGAAACGAGACCAGGUCAGAGACAUGUACUGCCCCUCACAUUUUCUCAUCUAAACCAGCAGCACCUCCGUCUUAACACCCAUAGGCCCAAAUUGUUUCUGAAAGUGAAAAAAUUCAUUUUUAGCCAAGUACUUCAUAGCAAUCUUUGCCCUGAAUUUAGGCAGUCACUUUGAGAUCCAGCAGCCUAAAACAAAGGAUUGGGUCUAUGUACUACUUUAGUCUAUGACACUGUGUAAUUUAUAAAGUAUUUGUGGGGAA